UACUGCGUGUGUGUUAAUGCUGUGAGUCUAUGAUAAGAGUACAUUUGACAUUUAAACUAAUUUGAUCUCUGCAGAUCUACAAAGUGUAACGUUGUUCAUGCUGUGCAAAGCUGAAAGGUUGUGUUGGGAACCAAACUCUAAUUAUGAAAAACUCUACUCAGGUUUCAUAUUUCAUUUUGGGAGCAUACUUUAAUAUUGGGCUCUUUAAAUACUUACUGUUUGUAAUCAUGAUGUGUUUUUAUGUUUUAAUUAUCUGUGCCAAUGUGCUGCUGGUUGUGGUUAUCUGUGUGAACAGGAGCUUACAUGAACCUAUGUACCUUUUUCUGGUCAGCCUGUUUGUAAAUGAACUGUAUGGUAGUACAGGGUUGUUUCCAUUCCUUCUGGUUCAGAUCCUCUCGGACAUUCACACUGUUUCUGCUCCCUUCUGCUUCCUGCAGAUUUUCUGUUUAUAUACUUAUGCAGCUAGAGAAUUUUGGACCUUAGCCAUCAUGUCUUAUGACAGAUAUCUUGCUAUCUGUUAUCCUCUACAAUAUCACACACAGAUGACAUCCACCAAAGUUGCCGUGCUUGUUGCUCUAACAUGGUUAUACCCAAUUGUUUUAGUUGGAGUCACAAUAUCUUUAAGUGCUCCUUUACAGCUGUGUGGGAACAUCAUCAACACAGUUUACUGUGAUAACUAUGCCAUUGUCAAACUGGCCUGCUCUGACACCAGAGUGAACAACAUUUAUGGACUCUCUUACACUUCUUUUGAAGUCAUUGGUCUUCUUAUUUUAAUCCUCUACACCUACAUGAGGAUCCUUAAAGUGUGUUUUUCUGGUUCUAAGCAGACGAGACAGAAAGCUGUCAGUACCUGCACACCUCACCUUGCUUCUCUUAUCAACUUUUUCUUUGGGUGUUCCUUUCAAUUUUUACACAGCAGGUUUGAUAUGAGCAGUGUACCCAUGAUGCUGCGAAAUGUUUUGUCAUUAUACUUUCUGACCUGCCAACCUCUCUUUAACCCUUUAAUGUAUGGACUGCAGAUGUCUAAAAUACGUAGCCUAUGUAAACGUCUUAUCUUUGGUAAAACUUAA